ACGUUCCGAGGGAGUCCGGAAGUUCGGACAUGGUGACCGAAGGAGGGUGAAGUGUUCAGAUAAGGGCCAGGGGCGAGGGGAAGAGGUCAAGAGUGCCAGCGUCAGGAGCAGAGCUGGGAGGCGCGAGCCACGCCAGCGGAGGAGGAUCCCGGAGCCCAAGGCAGGUCCUGUCAUGGAGCUGCGCUCGGAGCUGCCCAGCGUGCCAGGCGCGGCGACGGCUGCAGCGACAGCGACAGGGCCGCCCGUGGCAUCUGUGGCGUCGGUGGCGGCGGCGGCGGCUGCAGCCGCCUCACUCCCCGUGAGCGUGGCAGGGGGCUUGCUGCGGGCGCCCCCGCUGCUGCUGCGGGCGGCAGAGAAAUACCCUCGGACCCCGAAGUGCGCGCGCUGCCGCAACCACGGCGUGGUGUCGGCGCUCAAGGGCCACAAGCGCUACUGUCGCUGGAAGGACUGUCUGUGCGCCAAGUGCACGCUCAUCGCCGAGCGCCAGCGCGUCAUGGCGGCGCAGGUGGCGCUGCGCAGGCAGCAGGCUCAGGAGGAGAAUGAGGCGCGCGAGCUGCAGCUGCUCUACGGCACCGCCGAGGGCCUGGCCCUGGCCGCCGCCAACGGCAUCAUCCCCCCUCGGCCCGCCUACGAGGUGUUUGGCUCCGUGUGCGCCGCCGACGGCGGGGGCCCGGGAGCUGGGGCGCCGGCGGGAGCUGGAGGUGGCGCAGCGGGCGCAGCGGGCGCAGAGGCCAAGUUGCAGAAGUUUGACCUGUUCCCCAAGACACUGCUGCAGGCAGGCCGGCCGGGCAGCCCGCAGCCUCCGCAGGGGAAGCCCUUAUCGCCAGAGGGCGCGGACUCAGGGCCCGGGACGUCGUCCCCGGAGGUGCGACCCGGAUCGGGCUCGGAGAACGGAGACGGCGAGUCCUUUUCGGGGUCCCCGCUGGCCCGAGCUUCCAAGGAGGCGGGCGGCAGCUGCACGGGCAGCUCCGGCCCUGGAGGAGGCGGCGAGGAGGACAGCCCGGGCUCCGCCAGUCCUCUGGGCUCUGAAUCCGGUUCCGAGGGUGACAAAGAGGAGGCCGACGCCGCGCCGGCGCCGGGGCUGGGCGGAGGGCCGGGCGCACGCCAGCGGACGCCGCUGGACAUCCUGACGCGCGUCUUCCCGGGACACCGGCGCGGCGUCCUGGAGCUGGUGUUGCAGGGCUGCGGCGGCGACGUGGUGCAGGCCAUCGAGCAGGUGCUGAACCACCACCGCGGGGGCCUGGCGGCCGGCCUGUGCCCCGCGGCGCCCUUGGAUAAGGCCGCGGUGGGCGCGGCAGCAGCUGCGGACGACGCGUGGCCGGGUCGCGCGGACGCCGCGGCUGCGGGGGGCCCCGGGCUGCCCGCGCCCCUGCAGGCCGGGCCCGCCGCGCCCCCGCACCACAGACCCUUGCUGGCCGGCGCCAUGGCCCCCGGCGCGCUGGGCUCGCUGAGCAGCCGCUCGGCCUUCUCGCCCCUGCAGCCCAACGCCAGUCACUUCGGGGCCGAGGCGGGCGCCUACCCGCUCGGCGCGCCCCUCGGCCUCAGCCCCUUGCGCCUGGCCUACUCGGCGGCGGCGGCGCACAGCCGCGGCCUGGCCUUCAUGGCGCCCUACUCCACCGCCGGCCUGGUGCCCACGCUCGGCUUCCGGCCGCCCGUGGACUACGCCUUCAGCGACCUCAUGCGCGACCGCUCCGCCGCCGCGGCGGCUGUGCACAAGGAGCCCGCGUACGGCGGCGGGCUCUACGGGCCCAUGGUCAACGGCGCCCCCGAGAAGCAGUAGGCGAAGGGCCCGCAGCCUGUGGCCCGCAACGCCUGCCCUGGCCCGGUCCGCGGGCCGCGGCCCUGUGCCUUGGCACGCUCUCCACCCCGCCUGGGGGCCCCCUGCCCCCCGAAGCCUUGCUGGUCCGUCGGGGCGGAGUGGAGAGGGCCGGCGAGGGGAGCAGCUGCAGGCACAGGUGCGCGCGCAGGGCAGCGUGCUCCGGGUCCUGCCCCUCCCGGACACCACCUGCAGGCUGCACAGCCGCGUUUGCAGAGGACCGAGGAUCCCUGAGAGUCGGGCGGCCGCCGCGCUCCCGCGGCUCCUGCAGGUGUGCUCGUCUCGCUGGCUGAGUUCUCAACUCCGAGAUCCUAUUCUAUGUUUCCCUAGGCCCUCUCUUUUACAUUUUUAAAAAAAUAUUCUAACAAAUAUAAAUUUAGGAUGUAUACAUCUCUUGGCACUGAGUUGAGUCUUUGGGACACACAUAUAUAUCCAUAUCAAUUGUAAAAAAAAAAAAAAGGAAACAAGUUCUAAGGUGCACUUUCCUUGUCGCGGUGUUGUCGCUCUCUUUGUUGCUUAUGCCGAUAAGCAUGGGUUUCCUUGGUGCAGUGUGAGUUUUUAUAUAUGUAUAAAUCUAUAUAUAAUCUAUACAUAUAUAUAUAUACAAGCCAGUGUAUAAUGUUAUAAAAUGGAAUUCUAAGUUAUUAAUUGUAAUCUGUAGGUGACCUCGGUAUUAACGUGAAAAACAUUCAAAAACGAGCAUAAAAAGGACAAAAUGGAAAAAUUAGACUACGCGCACAUUGUCCUUAUCAGGUUUCAUAAUUACAUAUACUGCAGUCUCGGGACGAAUCCUGCCCACCCGCCCUCUGCCUGCCGCCAGUCUCUCCCUCAGGAGCCGCCUUGGUUCGCCCAGAAGCAGGCACCGAGUGGCCACGGCCGUGCCAGAAGCAUCACGCAGGCGCCCUGGUCCCCCGCGGCUUGCCGAGCGCGCUGGCCGGAGGUCUGCAGUGAGAAACGCUGCUGCACAGAAGCGCUCACUUUGUGCUUUCCUUUGCAUAGUAAUGAACUAGAAAUAAAUGUUAUUUUCUAAGAAAACAA